AUGACUGAUUUGACUGUGAAUUCCAAGAACGAGACUGGGUCCUCCAACGGAAUCGGACGUGCAACUGCAGUUCUUUUGGCUUCAGAAGGAGCAAAAGUGACGAUUACUGGGAGAGAUUCUGCGAGAUUACAAGAAUCAAAAGAUGCCAUUCUGAAGGCAGGUGUGUCUGAAUAUGACAUCAAUUCUGUAACUGCCGAUAUCACUUCCUCCGAAGGACAAGAUAAUUUAAUUUCGUCGACACUUCAGAAGUUCGGUAAAAUUGAUAUUUUGAUCAACAAUGCUGGUGCCAACAUUCCAGAUGCAAAUGGAAAAACAAGAACUGAGGGAGGAAUCGACACAUUUCUGAAGAUGUUUCAAUUAAACCUUCAAAGUGUUGUCGAAAUGACUCAAAAAAUUAGACCACAUUUGGCAAAAACCCGUGGAGAAAUUGUGAAUGUUUCGAGUAUUGCAGCAGGACCAGCAGCUCAACCGCAAGGUCCAUACUACUCCAGUGCAAAGGCUGCCCUUGAUCAAUAUUCAAGAAGUGCUGCAAUCGAUUUGAUCUCCGAGGGAAUUCGUAUCAAUGUUGUUCAACCUGGAUUUGUUGAAACUGGAUUCUCCACAGUUGCACGUGGAUUGAAUGCUGAAGAAUCAUCUAAAUUCUAUAACACAAUGGGAAGUCUACCUCAUUGCAUUCCAGUUGGAUUCUGUGCUCAACCAGAACACAUUGCAUCUGUUAUUGCUUUUUUGGCUGACCGAAAAGCAUCUGAAUACAUUGUCGGACAAACAAUUACAGCUGAUGGAGGAUCGACUCUUGUUCUUGGAUUCCACGCAAAUUUCGGACAGAAAAAGUAG